AUGAGGCUCCUUGCUUUCAGCGCUUGCAUUGCAAGCGUUACGGCCGAUGUUAUCACGUCCGACAGUCACUUUUAUGGUCAAAGUCCGCCUGUGUAUCCGUCACCUACUGGGACUGGGACUGGAGACUGGGCAGAGUCAUACACCAAGGCAAAAGCGUUUGUCGCCCAGUUGUCACUUGAAGAGAAGUCAAACCUUACUUUCGGCGCUUCCACAACUGAUAAUGGGUGCUCUGGUUUCAUUCCUGCUAUCUCACGUCUUGGAUUCCCCGGACUUUGUCUCUCGGAUGCCGGAAAUGGACUUCGAUCUACUGAUCUAGUCAAUGGAUAUCCGGCCGGACUAAGUGUUGGCGCAAGCUGGAACCGGAAACUCACGACCGAACGAGCACACUUCAUGGCCGGCGAGUUUAAAGCGAAGGGUAUCAAUAUUGCCCUCGGCCCGGUUGUUGGCCCUCUCGGUCGCGUCGCUCGUAAUGGUCGAAACUGGGAAGGGUUCAGCAAUGACCCAUAUCUAAGCGGUGUCCUUGCUGCCGACACCGUCACAGCAUUCAACAAACGUGGUGUGAUGACCAGUCUCAAGCACUACAUUAUGAACGAGCAAGAGACGAAUCGGAACCCUAUUACUGGUAGCACCCCUCAGAUUGAGGCGGUUUCGUCGAAUGUGGACGAUAAGACCAUUCAUGAAUUAUACCUAUGGCCUUUCCAAGAUGCCAUCAAGGCAGGCUCCGUGAACAUCAUGUGCAGUUAUAACCGAAUCAACAACUCAUAUGGCUGUGCCAACAGCAAGACUCUCAAUGGGCUUCUUAAGACAGAGCUUGGUUUCCAGGGAUUUGUGGUUACUGAUUGGACUGCGCAACACAGCGGAGUUGCCAGCGCUUUGGCCGGUCUUGAUAUGGUCAUGCCCGACACUACAUACUGGGGCAACAAUCUGACUACUGCAAUCAACAACGGCUCUGUUCCGGAGAGUCGAUUGAAUGAUAUGGCAACUCGUAUUCUCGCUGCAUGGUACUAUCUGGGUCAAGAUAGCAGCAUUUCCGAACCUGGAGCUGGUAUGCCCUAUUCUGUCAUUACACCACACAAGAGAGUGGACGCAAGAGACCCAGCUGCUCGCCCUGUUAUCCUACAAGGUGCAGUUGAAGGCCAUGUUCUUGUGAAGAAUAAUCAUGCUCUGCCCCUCAAAAAGCCCCAGGUCCUGUCCGUCUUCGGGUACUCCGCCGCCACCUAUAAAACAUCAGUCCCAUCUACCAGUGGACUAGGAUCGUGGGCACUCGGUUAUCAAAGCACUGAUGUCCAACAAAUUAUGGCUGCAAUUGGACGUAACGAAGGACACUUAGUUGAGCUUCAGUCUAUUGCGAUCAACGGUACGAUCAUCAUGGGCGGUGGUUCUGGUGCAGCAACACCCACCUAUGUCUCUGGUCCUCUUGACGCCCUUACAAACCGAGCGAUGAAAGAUAACUCGGCUCUGUUUUGGGAUGUCGAAAGUCCAGCACCUGAAGGCGUCCCCGCUUCGGAUGCUUGCUUGGUCUUCAUCAAUGCGUGGGCAUCUGAAGGAUAUGACAGACCUGGUGUUUAUGAUGAUUAUUCUGACAACUUGGUCCUUUCUGUCGCUGACCAGUGUGACAACACGAUUGUCGUGAUCCACAACGCGGGAGUCCGUCUCGUUGACAAUUUCGCUGAUCAUCCUAAUGUCACUGCUAUUGUCUAUGCUCAUACACCAGGCCAGGAUUCCGGUGCUGCAACAGUUGCAUUGCUCUACGGUGAUGAGAACUUCUCUGGCAAGAUGCCGUACUCUGUUCCGAAGAAUAUCAGUGACUACGGCGCGCUACUUGACCCCAGUCUCCCAGAGGGUGACUAUGUCAACUAUCCUCAAAGCGACUUUUCUGAGGGUAUCUUCAUCGACUACCGUGACUUUGAAUCCAGAAAUAUCACACCUAGAUAUGAGUUUGGGUUCGGUCUAUCGUAUACUUCGUUUGAAUAUGGCUCGCUUUCUGUUACCAAGACCAAGAAGGCAAACAAUGCCGCCAGGUAUCCUUCUGGGGCCGUUGAGCAGGGUGGACAGGUUGAUCUGUGGGAUGUUCUUGCUCGGGUCAAAUUCACAGUGAAAAACACUGGCCCAGUGGCUGGAAAGGAAGCUGCACAGCUUUAUAUCGACACUCCUUCCGGGGUCAAGCAGCUCCGCGGCUUUGAGAAAGUCUCACUGAAUGCGGGCGAGAAAGAUACCGUCACAUUGGCCUUGACUCGUCGGGAUCUGAGUGAGUGGGAUGUUGUAGCUCAGAAGUGGCGGUUGGUGAGUGGUAAGGUUGGGGUCUACGUUGGCGCAAGUUUGAAGGACUUGAGGCUUCAAGGAACAUUGCAUCUGUAA